GAAAUAGAGGCCAGUAGCAGAAUUUUCCAGUAGGUCUCCACUAAAAACUCUACCUAUUCCCAUGCCCAAAGAAUCUUCUCCAGGCUGGGAGAUUCAAAGUCAGGAUAACAAAGUCUUAGGAAUGUGACAGAUGCAAAGACUUGAUAAAUCCAUCCCCGGCCGAUGAACCAAGUGUAAGCAAUCCCUCACACGCCCCACCUAUCUUCUCUUCAGGCUUUCGGUCUCCCCUCGAUUCUAGUUCUGGGAGAAUAUUUGCUCCUUCCGGAAUCUAGAACUCCGAUGUUCCCGGCUGCAACCUCAAGCACCUGGGCUGCCAACUACCUCGCAUCUGAAGCCUGGCUUCCUUUCUUCCCACCCAUGCAUGUGAAAGUCGCCUACGGGUUAAUGAUUUAAAGGUGCCACGCAGGUUAUUCUGUCUCUCCCCGCCACAAGGAGAGUUAGAGCGGAUCUGUUUAUGUAGAUCUGCUUGGGGGCAGUCACACGGAUCAAAUGGCCGAAGUGCUUUACUACGGCCUCCUUGAUUUCCCUCCUCCACUCACCGCCUCCUAAGUUUUGCGGGAGAAGGGACGAAAGGAGAUUGAAGGAAGAGAGAAAGAAGAGCAGGAAAAAAACAGGUGGACAAUCUCCCGGAGCGGAGGUCUCUGUCCUGCUCCUCUCGCGGCAAACUCAGCCCCCGCGUGGCAGGACGAUGGGUAAGCUAGGAAAAAGUGAAUGAAGCAGGAGGAGGAGGAAGAGGAGGCGGAGGGAGGCGGCGGCGGCGUUGGCGUUGACUUUGGCGUUGGCGUUGGCUUUGGCGGCGGCUAUAGCCCGAAGAGGAGGAGAAGGAGGAGGGAGCGCGCCUGACUGCCGGGGCCGCAGCGGGCGGGCUGCAAGUCGGGGUCUGGGCGCUCGGCGGCUGCGGCAGCAGCAGCGAACAGAGCAGCGCCUCCCCCUCCCAGCGGACCCAUGGACAGCCUGCCGGCCUCCGGGGCCAAACCCCCGAGCGGGAGGAAGAUGAAAGCUCGGGCUCCUCCUCCUCCUGGAAAGCCAUCUACAACUCCAAACAUCCACAGUGAUCAGAAAUCAAACAGGGACUUGGGAAUCAUCCCACAGCAGAACCUCGUCAACAUGAAAGAAAACCUGAGGAGCAGCAUGGUGGACGUCACUGUGGUUUUACCCAAUGGAUUGGAAAUUAAAAGUGCUGUCGAUGGGAGUAAUGCCAUGAUGGACCUGCUGGUCGAGCUGUGCCUCCAGAAUCAUCUAAAUCCAGCCCACUAUACCCUGGAGCUCAGGUCGUUGGAGACCCAACAACCUUUGAGUUUUAAGCCAAAUACUUUGAUAGGGACCCUUGAUGUACACACAAUAUUCUUGAAGGAAAAAGUCCCUGAAGACAAGAGCAAAUCAGUUCUCCAGAAGGUACCUGAGAAGUCUGUGCGACUAGUAGUGAACUACUUGCGAACACAGAAGACUGUAGUCCGGGUGAGCCCCGAUGUCCCACUGCAGAACAUUCUCCCUGUUAUUUGUGCAAAAUGUGAAGUCAACCCUGAGCACGUCAUUCUCUUAAGGGACAAUAUUGCCGGGGAAGAGCUGGAACUUUCAAAGUCCUUGAAUGAGUUGGGGAUAAAGGAACUCUAUGCAUGGGACAACAAAAGAGUUCUUCUGACCAAAACUCAGUCAGAACCUUCUCUGGUCUAUCGAGAAACUUAUAGAAAAUCUCUGAGCAGUGAUGUCGUGGACAAAGAGAAGAAGAAAUUUCUGGGGUUUUUCAAAGUCAGUAAAAGAAGCAAUAAGGCUGAUGGGAUGCUAAGAGUGGAGAGUGAUGAGGAUAUUUUAAAGUCAACCACUGAAAAGAACUUUAAUGGCUGCUUGACUACUCCCAACUCCCCAUCUGUGAAUUCCCGUUCACUUACCUUGGGUCCAUCCCUGUCCCUCAGCAACAUCUCAGGAGUGUCAUCAGUAAAGUCAGACAUGAAGAAGCGUAGGGCACCUCCUCCACCAUCAGCAACACCAUCAGCAACACCCUCAGCAACACCAUCAGUAACGCCGUCAUUGCCAAGCACUGAGGCAUUUGGUCAAGACAAGAUGUCAGAAAAGGUAUCUCAAGUAUCACAGAACGAAUUACAGAAGAAAAAGCGACGCGCUCCAGCACCGCCACCGCCACCGCCGCCGCCAUCGACUCCUCUCAUCCCAAAUAGGACAGAUGACAAAGAAGAGAAUAGGAAGAGCACAAUGGGUGUUGGACGGCAGGUGCCACAGAAGCCUCCUAGAGGCACUCCUCGAGGUCCACCUCAGUUAGUGCUUCCCCCACCCCCACCUUACCCUCCUCCAGACACAGAUAUUGUGGAUUCUCCAGGGUUUCACAGAGAAGCAGAUGGAACAGAAUCCUCAGAACUGGGACCCAAACUAAGCCUGCCACUCCUCCACAGCAGUAAUUGUUCCAUGGAUGGUAGGAUCACCGAGCUGUCUGAAGUAGAAGAGACGGCAUCGGUGAGCAGCUGCUUUGCAUCCGAAGAUACUACUACUGAAGACUCGGGAGUCGUGAGCUCUCCAUCAGACAUCGUUUCUCUGGAUUCACAAAACGACAGUGUAAAGUCCAAAGAUAAGUGGGCCUUGGAUCAGGAGGAUGCUGCAUACACCUGUGCAGCAGAGCAUGGCCCCCCACGGAGCGCUUCACGGGACAGUGAUGACUCUGGGGUUACUCAUCUGAGAAAUGAAAAAGCAAUUACAGCAAAGGAUGGUGAUGAUAUCUUUAUUAAUGGCCAGCUCCAAAAACCCCUAGCAGAAUAUUAUGAAGAUCUAGAAGAAAUGGAAGAUAGUUAUGAAACAGAUACCACUUCUUUAACAGACUCCACAAAUGGUGGGCUCAGUUCCCAUGGACAAGAGGCUGUAGUCCCUAAAGAUAAUGCUUACACAAUUCCAGUGACAUUUAUAGGAGAAGUUUUAGAUGACCCUGUUGAUCUGGGGACUUUCAUCAAUAAAAACAAUAAUGCAGGUUCUUUUGAUAUGGAACAUAUGACUAAUAAAGCAACCUACAUAACUGAGAAGCCCUUGUAUGACCAGUCCUACAAGUCAAAAGCCAGCAAUCUGCAUGUGAAAAAGAGGGAGAAUAUGUUUGAAUCUUAUGUUUCUUCAAGUGAAAUGAAAAAAGAAAAAGAGUUGCUACCACCCAACAAUGACAAAAAUACUUGUCCAAGUGAACUAAAGCCCAAUGUGGCUUCUUCCACCCCUAAACCUCCAAUGGAUGACCCAUGUUUGAAAGAAAAAAACCAUCAGGACUAUGAGUCAAAUGGCAUUCAAAGGUCCCACAUGUCAAAGAAAAUUAUUUCAGAACUGAUGAUGGAAAAGCAAACCAGUGAUAAAAAUGAUCUCAAAGUGCCAUCAUCAUGGUAUUGUCGGGGCCAAAACCCAGUAGGACCUAAAGCUGGCCUUACAACCUAUAAAAUUGUUCCUCCAAAAUCAGAGAUGAAAUGCUAUGAUCGAGGAGUAUCCCUCUCAACUGGUGCCAUUAAGAUAGAUGAAUUAGGCAAUCUAAUUAGUCCACAUGUUGAUGGGAAGAAGUCCACCUUGAUACCAUCUGUUGGGGAAAUGGAGACACUCCCCAUUGGGAAAGUAAAGGAAUUCUGGAGAUCAAACUCCAUAGAGAGACAUCCUGAUGGACCCCUAGAUUAUGCUAAAAGAUCUGUGGCUACUCUGCCAUUAAAACAACAUCAUAAAGAAACUAAACUCAAAGCAGAACCAGAAAUCUUGGACCCAAAGCUAAAACCAUCACAGAUAGCUGCCCACAAAGUGGUGAAAACAAUUCUGAACUGGAAAAAAGCAAGCCACCUGCCUCGGUCCCCAGCACAACUCAGGCAAAAGCACCAGUUGCCACAUCAGCAAACCCUACUGGAGAAGUCCUCUCCUUUCUUAAACCUCAAAGAAGAACUUCAAGCCAAUAUGUUGCCUCUGCCAUUGCAAAACGGAUGGAAACUCCUCCAAUCAACACAAUUUCCCUCCGUAACAGUGAGAGAGAGGCGAACAGAUGGGAAGGCAGGAAGUUCAGACAAGACUUAGCACCUCCUCCUGAAAAUGAGAAUCUAUUAAACAGUACCCAUCCCCUAACAAAAGCAUCUAAAAAUGAUCCCAAGAGGUCCUAUUCUG